AUGGUUUGAAACGUGAUUACUUGGUCACCUCUUGUUUCUUUCUUAAAACUAAAACUAUCGUUCACUCCCACCUAACACCACCUCAACUCUACCUCGUUGAUUUUUCUUUCUUCACCCACCAAUCCUUUAACCUCUCCUCUCCUCUCUCUUAUAUUACCACAUUUCCCUUUCCUCGUUUCUCUAUCUUUAUUUCAUUUCCUUCAAAAGCAACUAUUUACCUUUUUCUCCUUUUCCACUGAACAAUAUGUUGUCAGUAGCUCCUUCUCUUGAUGCCAAACAAACCCCAGAACUUGAUCAGAUAAAUCAGCAAAAACCAGGUGAUUAUGUUGAUAAUCCCAUUUCCAAGCAAACUAAUCACAUUUUUAAAUCUAAAUUACCUGAUAUACCAAUCUCUAACAACCUUCCACUUCACACCUACUGCUUCGAGAAACUUCCUCAAACCGCCGAUCGUCCUUGUCUCAUCGUCGCUUCCACCGGAAAAAUCUACACCUACGCAGAAACUUAUCUCCUUUCGAGAAAAAUCGCAUCAGGUUUAUCCAAACUCGGUAUUCAAAAAGGAGACGUCAUCAUGAUUCUCCUCCAAAACUCAGCUGAAUUUGUUCUCUCUUUCAUCGCUGCCUCAAUGAUCGGCGCCGUAGCAACCACCGCCAAUCCAUUCUAUACCACAGCUGAGAUCUUCAAACAAAUAACAGCUUCCAAGACGAAGCUGAUCAUCACACAAGCAAUGUAUGUUGACAAACUCCGUCCGAACGAAGAGAACGGUGAUUUUGACUUUAAGGUGAUCACUAUCGACGAACCGCCGGUGAAUUGUUUACAUUUCUCGGUGAUUUCUGAAGCGAAGGAAGAGGAAUUGCCGGAAGUUGAGUUCGAUCCGGAAGACGCGCUGGCACUUCCUUUUUCUUCCGGUACGACGGGAUUACCUAAAGGUGUAAUUCUAACGCAUAAGAGUUUAAUAACGAGUGUGGCUCAACAAGUCGACGGCGAGAAUCCGAACCUGUAUUUAGCAACAGAAGAUGUUCUUCUUUGCGUUCUUCCAUUGUUUCAUAUAUUUUCUCUCAACAGUGUGCUAUUGUGUGCACUGAGAGCAGGGAGUGCGGUUCUGUUAAUGCAUAAAUUCGAGAUCGGGACGUUGCUUGGUCUUAUACAAGAACAUAAAGUGACGGUGGCGAUGGUGGUUCCGCCGCUAGUUUUAGCGUUAGCGAAGAAUCCGAAGGUUGCGGAAUUUGACCUUAGCUCGAUACGGUUGGUGCUGUCCGGAGCUGCCCCGUUAGGGAAGGAGCUCGAAGAGACUCUCCAUAACAGAAUUCCUCGAGCUGUUUUGGGACAGGGGUACGGUAUGACAGAGGCAGGUCCUGUACUCUCCAUGUCUUUGGGCUUUGCAAAGCAUCCAUUUCCAACAAGAUCAGGCUCAUGUGGCACUGUUGUAAGAAAUGCAGAACUCAAAGUUCUUGACGCUGAAACUGGUCUUUCUCUUGGUUAUAAUCAAACUGGUGAAAUUUGCAUCCGAGGCCAACAAAUCAUGAAAGGAUAUUUGAAUGAUGAGAAUGCAACAAAGACUACUAUUGAUGAGGAGGGCUGGCUUCAUACUGGUGAUGUUGGCUAUAUAGAUGACAAUGAUGAGAUUUUCAUAGUUGACAGGGUGAAGGAACUCAUCAAAUUCAAAGGCUUCCAAGUGCCCCCUGCUGAACUUGAAGGCCUUCUUGUAACUCAUCCAUCAAUUGCAGACGCAGCUGUUGUUCCUCAAAAAGAUGUUGCUGCUGGUGAAGUUCCUGUAGCCUUUGUGGUAAGAUCAAAUGGAAAUGAUUUAACUGAAGAGGCUAUAAAGGAGUUUAUAUCUAAACAGGUGGUGUUUUAUAAAAGACUACACAAAGUUUAUUUCAUUCAUGCAAUUCCCAAGUCUCCAGCAGGAAAGAUAUUGAGGAAAGACCUUAGAGCAAAGCUUGAAAACUCCACUCAAAUGCCUUAAAAGAUAGAAUCUUUUUUAUUCAUUUUUCUCCUUAUUCCUAAUACCUCUUCCUUAUUUGUUCAUUUGUCUCUUUCUAGGUCUCACGUGUAGUUUAUGUGUUUAUAAUCUAAGGUAUAAAGUCAAUCGAAUAAAUAGUUUUAUGUGCACACACUCCACUCCUCACCCUCCAUUGCCUUUACUUUUUCUGUGGUUCGUUGUGCUUGUAAUGUGGGAGUUUAAAGACAUUAAUGUUACUAUAUAUCAAUCUUUUGUUGGAAA